GUUGGUAAUAUAUGUAACAUCGCGAGAAGGUGAUACCGAUGAACUAAAUGUUUAAAAAAUUGUAUUCAAGAAUUCUAUUAUUUGUUCAACCAGAAAAUGAACCAGAAUUGUAGUUAUUGCAGAAACAUAUUUACAGGUAAAAAAUAAAAUAAGUAAAAAUAUGUUUUAUCGUAAAACCGUAAGCAGCGUUCUUUAUAGCGGAUGAGUAACACAGUAACGCGAUUUAAGGAAUUUCUUGAAGUUCGAAUCCUUCUACGUUAAUCUUUUAAUUCAUACAAAAUGGCUUUACCUCCAAACUAUAAGCAAGUAGCCAUGGCUACAUCCAAUAUCGUUGCAUCCAAUCAACGACUUAGAGCAUCUGGUGGAAGUAGCAGUAGUUCAACGAACAGCAAAGAUGCACAGAGUCCAUUUAUUCAAACACCCCAUAGUCAUCCAGGAUUUACACCUCAGAAAGUUGGAAAAAAUACAAAUGCUGAUUCUCGUAUGCCUAAACCACCUAAGCCACCAGAGAAACCGCUUAUGCCUUAUAUGAGAUACAGUAGAAAAGUAUGGGAUCAAGUAAAAGCACAAAAUCCAGAAUUAAAACUGUGGGAAAUAGGAAAGAUUAUUGGUCAGAUGUGGAGAGAUUUACCAGAAGAGGAUAAAACAGAAUUUAUUGAAGAGUAUGAAGCAGAAAAGGUUGAAUACGAAAAGAGUUUAAAGACUUACCAUAAUUCACCUGCAUAUUUAGCUUAUAUUGCAGCAAAAAAUAGAGGAAAGUCAGCGUUGUGCGCGGCACAACAAAAUACUGAUGAUCGAGAAAGUCACGAACGUUCGUCAGGUAGUACUAAGGGUCAAGCAGCUCAAGAUAGAAGAAUAGAUAUCUUACCGGCGGAAGAUGAUGAUGACCAAGAUGAUGGAUAUUCUGUAAAACAUGUUGCAUAUUCGCGAUAUACACGAAAUCAUCGUCUUAUUAAUGAAAUCUUUAGCGACACUGUUGUUCCUGAUGUUCGCUCUGUUGUUACUACACAACGGAUGCAAGUAUUACGCCGUCAAGUUCAGUCUUUAACGAUGCAUCAGAAAAAGCUAGAAGCGGAACUACAACAAAUAGAAGAAAAAUUUGAAGCAAAGAAACGUAAAUUUAUUGAAACAAGUGAAAUAUUUCAAGAAGAAUUAAAAAAACAUUGUAAACCUGCAGUAGAUGAAGAAACAUUUAAUAAAAUGGUAGAACGACAAUAUGAGGCACUUAGACGAGAUAGAUUAAAAGGUGCAGAAGAAAAUCGUUCGGAUGGACCUGCAUCGAGUGAAUCAACUCCAAACUCUACUCCUACACCAACUCCUGCUCCUGUUAAUGACGAAACUCCAUCUGACAUGCCUGACAGUGAUACAAUGGACAAAAAACAAAACGGAUCUGAAAAACCUAACGAAAUAAAAAAGGAAACAUCUUCUCCUCCAUAUAAUGAUAAUAAACCUGAACCCCCGGCAAUCCAAGCAAGUUCUAAUCAACAUACAUCUAACUCUGCAAUGUACUGUGGGACCGUUAGUCCAAUUCAGCAGCAGCAGCAACAGCAGCAGCAGCAGCAACAGCAGCAGCAGCAGCAACAGCAGCAGCAGCAGCAACAGCAGCAGCAGCAGCAACAGCAGCAGCAGCAGCAACAGCAGCAGCAGCAGCAACAACAACAGCAGCAGCAGCAACAACAGCAGCAGCAGCAGCAGCAACAACAGCAAACUCCACCUCCUCCGCCACCACCACCGCCUCCACCACCUCCACCACCAACAUCAGCGCAACAACAAUCACCUUCGCAACCACAACAACCGCAGCAACAGUCAUUACCAGCUCAACAUCAACAAUCAACACCUCAGUCACAUCAACAACAUCAACAGUCAACUCAAUCACAACCGCCUUCUGUACAACCGCAGCAAGCUAUUACAACGACAGCAGUUGCUACUACUGCAACUGCUAAUACAAGUGCUUCUGUAACCGCGAAUGCAUCAACUAUGCCGCCUGUUUCUUCGCCAGCUCCUCCUAUACAACAUAAUCCUCACCAGCAAGGAAUUUUAGCUAAUCAUUCGAUGCCACCUCAUCCAGGAUCACAAGGAACACAGGCAACACAAGUACUUCCACCUCAAGGGCCAGUUUCUAAUCCACAUACUCCUCAAAUGAUUCCACCAUCUCAAGGUUACAGUCAACAAUAUCAACCAGGACCAACUCAACAAGCUCAAAAUGUUCCCCUAGCUCCAAGACCACCACAUCCAUCUUAUGCUUACUCUCAGCAGCAACCAUAUCACCAGCCAUAUCCUCAAUAUGCGCACCCGUAUUAUCAUCAACCAUAUUCCCAAUAUUCCCCACACACUAUGGGUCGUCCUCAUACUCAUGGUCCUCACAGUCCACACAGUCCUCACUAUCAUCCACAAUCUCCUCAUUCUGUUGGUGAAAAUAAUACUUCAAAUAAUAGUGUACCUGGUUCAGGAAAUGCUUCUGCACCAACUUCUGAUAAUAGUAAUUCAUCUUAUUCUCCAGCAUCAGGACAUUGUGAAAAUGAACGUUCUAUUUCUUCAGAAAAUCAAGAAGGCCAAAUGGAUAUUAAAUCAGGAUCUGGUUAAUUAUCUUUUAUAAUUACAUACAUUCGUUUAUAGAAUUUCUUUAAUUUUAUGUAAAUCAUGAAAUUACAUUUAAAUAACAU